AUGGGGGUCCCACAGGGGGGAACAGUCAUCGGCAGCGCUCGCUGCAAGGAUUUCCGGAUGAGGGAAGGGAGGUUGAAGGCAGCUCAGAACUUGGUGAAACGUGGCAUCACCAACCUCUGCGUCAGUGGAAGUCUCACCGGGGCAGACACCUUCAGAGCUGAGUGGAGCAGCCUCCUGGCUGAACUGGUCAAACUGGGUGGGAUCACAGCAGAGGAGGCCAAAAAGUCGAGUUACCUGAACAUCGUGGGCAUGGUGGGAUCCAUCGACAACGACUUCUGCGGCACCGACAUGACCAUUGGCACCGACUCGGCUCUACACCGCAUCAUGGAGAUUGUGGAUGCCAUCACCACCACGGCCCAGAGCCACCAAAGGACCUUCGUGCUGGAGGUGAUGGGACGUCACUGUGGCUACCUGGCACUGAUCACUGCCUUGGCCUGUGGAGCUGAUUGGGUCUUCAUCCCUGAGGCUCCUCCUGAGGAUGAUUGGGAAGAACAUUUGUGCCGGAGGUUGACAGAGACCCGUGUGGGUGGCUCAAGGCUGAACAUCAUCAUCGUGGCUGAGGGAGCCAUUGACAAGCAUGGCAAGGCCAUCACCUCCGAUGACAUCAAAACUCUGGUGGUGAAGCGUUUGGGAUAUGACACCAGGGUCACCAUCCUGGGCCAUGUCCAGCGUGGUGGGACACCCUCGGCCUUCGAUCGCAUCCUGGGCAGCAGGAUGGGGGUGGAGGCCGUGAUGGCUCUGCUGGAGGGAACUCCAGACACUCCUGCCUGCGUCGUCAGCCUCUCGGGCAACCAAGCCGUGCGCCUGCCCCUGAUGGAGUGUGUCCAGGUGACCAAGGACGUGACAACAGCCAUGAACGAGGGACGAUUCGACGACGCCUUGAAGCUAAGGGGAAGGAGCUUCCAGAACAACUGGAAUGUCUAUAAGCUGCUGGCACAUAUCCGUCCACCCCCAACCAAGAGUGGUUACACUUUGGCUGUGCUCAACGUGGGUGCUCCAGCCGCAGGGAUGAACGCAGCCGUCAGGUCAACCGUCAGGAUUGGCCUCAUCCAUGGCCAUCGGAUGUUGGCGGUGCACGAUGGGUUUGAGGGACUCGCCUUCGGGAUGGUGGAAGAGAUCAGCUGGGACAAGGUUGGGGGCUGGACAGGGCUGGGAGGCUCCAAACUGGGGACAAAAAGGACUUUGCCCAAGAAAUACUUCGAGGAAAUCAGCAGCAACAUCAGCAAAUUUGGCAUCCAUGGGCUGAUCAUCAUCGGGGGCUUUGAGGCCUUCACAGGCAGCCUGGAGCUGACGGAGGGCAGGAGCAAGUAUGAGGAGCUCUGCAUCCCCCUCUGCAUCAUCCCUGCCACCGUCUCCAACAACGUCCCCGGCUCCGACUUCAGCAUCGGUGCUGACACCGCGCUCAACACCAUCACCACGACCUGUGACCGCAUCAAGCAAUCUGCAGCCGGGACCAAGCGCCGAGUCUUCAUCAUCGAGACCAUGGGAGGCUUCUGUGGCUACUUGGCCACCAUGGCAGGACUGGCAGGUGGUGCUGAUGCUGCUUACAUCUAUGAGGAGCACUUCAGCAUCCGUGACCUGCAGGCCAACGUGGAGCAUCUGACUGACAAGAUGAAGACGACAGUGAAGAGAGGGUUGGUGCUCAGGAACGAGAGGUGCAACGAGAACUACACCACUGACUUCAUCUACAACCUCUACUCCGAGGAGGGCAAAGGCAUCUUUGACUGCAGGAAGAACGUGCUAGGACACAUGCAGCAGGGUGGGACCCCAACCCCCUUCGACAGAAACUUCGGCACAAAAAUGGGUGCCAAGGCCGUGGCAUGGAUCACUGCGAAGAUCAAGGAGUGCUCCAGGCAUGGNNGGAUCUUUGCCAACACAGCUGACUCCGCUUGCCUGCUGGGCAUGCGCAAGCGCAGCUUGGUCUUCCAGCCCUUGGCUGACCUCAAGGAGCAGACAGACUUUGAGCAUCGCCUACCCAAGGAGCAGUGGUGGCUGAAGCUUCGCCCCAUCCUGAAGAUCCUGGCCAAAUACAACAUUGACCUGGACACCUCAGAGAAAGCUCACCUGGAGCACAUCACACGCAAGAUUGCAGCUCCUGAGACCAGCAUCUAA